GGCCGGCAGCUGCACCGGACGGACCCCCAGGGCUGGGGAGUCGGGGAGGCCGGCCCCGGCCCCCUGCCCUUGGCCGUCAUGGCGGAGAAUUGGAAGAACUGCUUCGAGGAGGAGCUCAUCUGCCCCAUCUGCCUGCACGUCUUCGUGGAGCCCGUGCAAUUGCCGUGCAAGCACAACUUCUGCCGGGGCUGCAUCGGCGAGGCGUGGGCCAAGGACAGCGGCCUAGUGCGCUGCCCUGAGUGCAACCAGGCCUAUAACCAGAAGCCGGGCCUGGAGAAGAACCUGAAGCUCACCAACAUCGUGGAGAAGUUCAACGCCCUGCACGUGGAGAAGCCGCCGACGGCACUGCACUGCGUGUUCUGCCGCCGCGGCCCCCCGCUGCCCGCGCAGAAGGUCUGCCUGCGCUGCGAGGCGCCCUGCUGCCAGUCCCACGUGCAGACGCACCUGCAGCAGCCCUCCACCGCCCGCGGGCACCUCCUGGUGGAGGCGGACGACGUGCGGGCCUGGAGCUGCCCGCAGCACAACGCCUACCGCCUCUAUCACUGCGAGGCCGAGCAGGUGGCCGUGUGCCAGUACUGCUGCUACUACAGCGGUGCGCAUCAGGGACACUCGGUGUGCGACGUGGAGAUCCGGAGGAAUGAGAUCCGGAAGAUGCUGAUGAAGCAGCAGGACCGGCUGGAGGAACGAGAGCAGGACAUUGAGGACCAGCUGUACAAACUUGAGUCAGACAAGCGCCUGGUAGAGGAGAAGGUGAGCCAGCUGAAGGAGGAAGUGCGGCUGCAGUACGAGAAGCUGCACCAGCUGCUGGAUGAGGACCUGCGGCAGACGGUGGAGGUCUUGGACAAGGCCCAGGCCAAGUUCUGCAGCGAGAACGCAGCGCAGGCGCUGCACCUUGGGGAGCGUAUGCAAGAGGCCAAAAAGCUGCUGGGCUCCCUGCAGCUGCUCUUUGACAAGACAGAGGAUGUCAGCUUCAUGAAGAACACCAAGUCUGUGAAAAUUCUAAUGGACAGGACCCAGACCUGCACGGGCAGCAGCCUUUCUCCCCCUAAGAUCGGUCACCUGAACUCCAAGCUCUUCCUGAAUGAAGUGGCCAAGAAGGAGAAGCAGCUCCGGAAGAUGCUAGAAGGCCCCUUCAGCACACCGGUGCCCUUCCUGCAGAGCGUGCCCCUGUAUCCCUGUGGCGUGAGCAGCUCUGGGGCGGAAAAGCGCAAGCACUCAACGGCCUUCCCUGAGGCCAGUUUCCUAGAGACGUCAUCCGGCCCGGUGGGCAGCCAGUAUGGGGCAGCGGGCACAGCCAGCGGCGAGGGCCAGUCAGGGCAGCCCCUGGGGCCCUGCAGCUCCACGCAGCACUUGGUGGCCCUGCCGGGCGGCGCCCAACCAGUGCACUCAAGCCCUGUGUUCCCCCCGUCGCAGUACCCCAAUGGCUCUGCUGCCCAGCAGCCCAUGCUCCCCCAGUAUGGCGGCCGCAAGAUUCUCGUCUGUUCUGUGGACAACUGUUACUGUUCUUCCGUGGCCAACCAUGGCGGCCACCAGCCCUAUCCCCGCUCCGGCCACUUCCCCUGGACAGUGCCCUCACAAGAGUACUCACACCCACUCCCACCCACACCCUCCGUCCCCCAGUCCCUUCCUGGCCUGGCGGUCAGAGACUGGCUCGAUGCCUCCCAGCAGCCUGGCCACCAGGAUUUCUACAGGGUGUAUGGGCAGCCGUCCACCAAACACUACGUGACGAGCUAACGCCACGCGGGCGAUGGGGCGCUGGGGAAUGUUCCCCCCUCGCCCCCAGUGGCUCCGGAAUUAUGCAUCCAGAGACCUGCCCUUCUUCCUUCCUGUCCUCUCGCCCUUCUCCUUUGUUCCCCAAGUCUUUUCCUUUUGGAUUUUGUUUUGUUUGGGGCUUUGUUUUUGAUUUCAUUUUUUAUGACUCCUGGACUCGGAGGUGACAGUGGGAGCUGGCUGGGCUGGGCCGCAGGUGGCCCUGGAGUUGGGAAAGCGUCUACCUCAAGGCGCUGAGCUCUCUCUUUUUUUCUCUCUCUCCUUCCCUCUCUCUCUCUCUCCUUCCCUCUCUCUCUCUCUCUCUCUCUCUCUCCCACUCCCCCCCUUUUUCUCCCGCUCCUUCCCCUUCCCAUCCCCCUGGCUGGAAGGAGCCUUAGCUUCCCCUAAAGCCUUGGGGAGAAGGGCAGGGAGUGUCCAGCCCACCUCGCUCAGUCUGGGAGGAGGGACCAGGGCCCUCCGGCCUGUUUCUCCUCUUGAUUUUCUUUGGGGCAGUUUGAGCGAUGACUAAGGAAUGACAUGACGAAUGACCUGUACAUUGUGGGACUUUUUUUUUUCAAUUUUUUUAAAACCAAGACUUUCUCCUGCUUCUUCUCACCAUCCUCCCAGAUGGAGUUCAAAGGCCACUUCUCAAGCAGCUUUUGGCACCUUCAGCCUCAGAGUGGAAUCUUAAAGACAGGAACCCCAUGUCCAGGGAAGGGGAAAAGGAACUUUGCCAAUGAUACUGAUGACAUCAAGAGCAAAUAAUAAUAAUAUUAAUAAUAAUAAAGAGAAAUAAAAGAAAUAAUAAAAUAAAAACAACAGCACAGGCCUUGUUGAGGUCAGCAGGGGAGGGGGGCUGGCCCGAUUUGGGUCCUUGCCUGGAUUUUGACACAGCAACUUCCUGUAGUGAGCACUUUGUAUGAAUCGUGAAUUUCCUGUUCUCAAGGCCCAGGUAUUUAUUCUGUAAUCUGUCAAGAGCACACAAGGAAAUCCAACCUUCUAAUAAAUAUAAUGGCGCAGUCC